AUGCACGGCCUGACGCCCCCGGAGUUGUUUCCUCCGAUGCGGGAGCGGCCGUCGUUGGAGGCGAUCCGCGCCUGUCUCGCCCGGCUGGACGUGUCGACGUGCAGGGCCGGCAGCGACCCUGACGGCCCUGACGGCCCUGACGGCCGCGUCUGGGACUGGACGACGCCGGCGGACGAGAUCGAGGCAGCGUCGGCAGCAGCGGCAUUGCGGGCGCGGCGCAGCGCCAGCGCGGUAGCGCGCUAUCUCGGCAGCAUCGUGAUGAGCGACCUGGCCUGGCUGGUGGACGAGGAGGCGCGGGAGACGCUGUGGGCGACGGCGAGCCGGCAGAUUGCUGAGCGGUGCGGCCGCACGGCCAUGGGCGAGAUCACGCGACGGUGGCGGGUGACAGGGGGGACUGCUGGCAGUACUGACAGUGCUGGCAGUGAUGACAGGGACAAGGAAGCCAUCGAUCUCAUCCUCUGCGAGCCCGCUAUCGUGGGCGACUCGCUCGGCUUCAAGACCUGGGGCACGGCCUACGUGAUGGCGUGCAUGCUGCCGCAGCUGGCAGCCACCCGAGAGCUCUGUCACCUGGGACUGGGAGGCGGUCCAGCUCCCCACGUUCUCGAGCUCGGCGCCGGCACUGGCCUGCUUGGACUCGCGGCUGCGGCGCUGUGGCGUGCCGACGUCGUGCUCACGGACCUGGCGGCCAUCGUGCCCAACCUGGCGGCCAACGUGGCGCGCAACACGGCCGUGGUCGAGCGACAUGGCGGCCGUGCCCGCGCUGCCGUGCUGCAGUGGGGAGGCCGUCGCGCUGCUGACUGUCCCGAAGAGGCCGAUCCGCUGCUGCUGUUGGGCACAGCGCACCGGAAGCAGCCGUUCUCGCUUGUCCUCGCAGCCGACGCGCUCUACGACGACGGCCACGCUGAGCUGCUCGCCAGCGCCAUCGAUGAGCAACUAGCUAGCAGUCUGGCCGGUCGUGCCCUCGUCAUGGUACCGCUCCGUGACGGCCACACAGAGACAAUCGCCCGGGCGUUUGUGCUUGCUAUGGCCGCUCGGUCGCUCGUGGUGGCCGACGAGGGCCGCGCAGACGGCCAGGACACCGACUGGUCCGGCGGCUCACAGUUCCUCUGUUGCUGGUGGGUGUUUCGGCGAAUGGAUGGGGCUCAGACACGUGAGGGAGAAUAG